AUGGGAAAGAAGGCCCUGAGCAGGUUAGGUUGUUUUAUAUUAAACACUUGUGAGAAUUUUUGUAGAGUAUUGUUUGAGGGGCUAACCCCAAGGAUGAGCCUAAAUGAGAUCGUCAAAGAGGCGGUAGGACUACAAAAAAAGAAGGAGGAUGAGAAUACAUGGUCGAAGAUUAAUGAUGUGCUCCUAAAGCUUGCUGCAAAUGUUAAGUGUGCGGAGGAGGCACGAAAGGUACUUGAGAGUGCUGAGGAGCUUAUUAUAAGGUCGAUGCAAAGCGACCGGUCAAGGCUUGCUGGAAGUGCUCUUGGGCUUCUUAAAAGUUGCAUCUGUAUUUUAGGGAGUGAGUUUGAAAUGGCAGGGCAAUAUCUAGGGCCUUUGGCCAAGGUGUGUGGAAAGAGUAGCCGAGUGUUUUACUCUAGGGGAGAGGAGGUACUUAUAGAGCUAUGCAAGAAUGUGAAUAUCAAGGUCUAUGCAAGGUUUUUCAAUGAGUAUUCUAGCUGUGCCAACAAGAAUGUCCGGGUGGCGAUUUUCAAAGGGAUUGAGGCAUGGGCCGAGGGAUCUGAAGGAAUAGAACUGUUUGAAGGGCUUGUGGCAAAGGGAAGAAGGGAUGCAUUUUCCGAUGUCCGGGAUGUGUGUAAAAGAAUGAUGGAGAGGUUUGGACUUGAAGGAGAGAAGAAGGAGAAAGGAUGUACUGGGAAGGUUGAUAGAGAGAACCUAGAGAAUGGAGUGAAGAAGGGGCCUGUUAGAAUGGUCAGAAGGCCUAUCCGUGUAGAGCAUAUCCUGAUGAAUGGAACUGAAGGAAGGGGGGUUGAGAAGAAAGAGCUUGUGCCGAAGUUUUCUCCCAUGCGAAAGCAAACGAGAACAGGAGACGGGGAUUAUGAUAAGAUUAAAGAGCUGUCAAGGCAGGUUGAGGAUAUAGCCUCGGAUAUUAAGCCGAGUGUGAAGUCUGAGAGAGGUACAGGGCAUGGGAGGAUAUCAAGCAAGAUCAAAGAGAUGGUCUGUGGAGGGGGUAGCAAGAGUGGAAUUGUCUAUCCUGGGUGUCUAGGUGAGACUUCAAAAAAGAUAAGUCAUGAGGAUCUUACACCUGUGAGGCUGGAUAAGUAUCUUAAUAAGUAUCGUGAAGAACAUGGAAGUCUUGGGCAUAAGAGGGAAAGCGGAGUCAGUGGGGGGUUUGAGGUUAAGGAUACUGAAGUAGACGAGGAAUGGGAAGUGAAUGAGGUUGAUGAAGAAAAUGAUGAGAUUGCUGGAUGUAUGAAAAGACAUGAACCUAAUGCAAACAAGGAGGAGGAUAGGGAGAAAGAAAAGGUUGUUGUUGAAGAUGAAAGUUUUGUUGGAGAGAUUAGUCAGGACUUGGAUGAUGGAAACGGAACAUGUCCGGAGGUAACAGUAGGAGAGUUGUCGAAAAGCUUGGCAAAUAUUUCGAUUAACGAAGUAGGGAGUCAAUCUCAGGAUUUCUUGAAUGGGCAAAGUUUUCUAUCUUCAUCUUUUGAUAGUCCACGUGAAAAUGUUAAUGAAGAUAAAGAGAUAGAGGAUUCAUUCAAGGAAUACACCAUAAUGGAGUCUAUGAGAGAAGAAAGCUGUGAAGGAUGCGAAGAACAGAAUGAAAAUUCUUCUGAAUCCAAAGCAUGGAUAGAUUCGGGAGGUUCUAUUGAUGAAUCAAGCAUUCCUAUGGAUUCUAAGAUGGAGAAUGAGAAAAAAGGCAAAGCGAGGAAGGAUCACAAGAAAGCCCUUGAGAUGAUAAAAGGAAAUCGCUUUGCAGGAUUUCUUGAGCUGAGUGAAAGUAGUGGAGAGGAAACCGUGUUUUCUAACAAAAGUGAAGGAAAGAAGAAGAUUGAUGUGGGAUACCUGGAAGAAGGUGGAGCCGACUUUACAAUGAUGGAUUCCUUUGUGGAAGUCAAGAAAGGAGUUUUCCGAAAGAGAUAA